AUGCCUGAUGGCCACAAACACCAGUCGGUCUUGAUCAACAGAACCUACAGGGUGACCGACCCCGCGGCUCUCUACAGAAAGGUCAAAGGUAAGCCUCCCUCCUCGCCUCGGGACCCAGAGAGACCGUGGGCGCGGGGCGCGCACUCCACACUCUCCGGGGGUCCCCGGCGCCCCACGCCCCCGGAGGGCGCACGAUGGGGCUCAGGGAGGCCAAUGCGCGACCCUCGAGGCUGCUACCCGGGCACGGCCUCCGCCCACCCCGACGGAAGCGAUGUCCCCGCCGCGGGACCGGGGGCUGGAGGUGGGGACCCACCGCCCCGCGCCCCCGAACCCCGUGCCGCGCAGCCCCGGGCCCGAGCGUCCCUCCCCGCCCCGUGCGUCCACCGCGCCUGCGAGCAGGUGACCGAGUCCCCCGACCCCGCGCGCACGUCCUCUCACCCAGGCCCCCCGCGUCCCCAGGCGCGGCCCUUACCUCGGAGCGGGCCGGGGCGGCCCCGCGGGGCCGGGCGCGGACUGGGCCGGGGAGACGCGCCUCCCGCCGCCGCCGCCGCCGCUGGGAGCCGAGGCGGCGAGCGGGCGCGGCGAGCUCCUCCCGGGCGGCGGCGGGAGGCGCUGCUCUCGCUGCCGCAGCCGCAGCCGCCGCCGCCGCCGCCGCCGCGGCUGCGGGUCUCGGAGCUACACGGCCGCGGCUCCCGGGCCGCCGCCGCCGCGGGUCCCUUGGCUCCUGCGGGAGGCCGGCUGCUCGCGCGACCUGGGACACGCACCCUGCGCGCCGUACAGGCAGAUGGACCCCCGGACCACCCAGCUUUCCUGGGCGGCACAGAUACCCGCGCCCCGAGGCCGCCGCCCCUCCGCUGGGCUGCUGGGGACGCGCGGCGGGGUCCGGCCGGGGGCACGGGGUCGGGACGGGCUGCGGGGCGGGGGCGGGGGUGCUUAGAGGAGAACUGGGCGGAGGAGAAGCCAGAGGAUGCGGGGCUGCCAGCUGAGGUCCCGUUAAAGUUGUCAGUGGGGGCGGCAGGGAAUCUUCCUCCCCUGUCUGGUGCCGACCCUUGCUCUGCCCGCUGCCACCCCGCUGUCCCGUGCUUUGGGGGACGAACGCGCCACCGCAGUCCCCUGCACGCCGCCCUGGCGGGGCAGGCCUGCGUGUGGAGCCCCAGCCAGGGCACUAGGCGCGUCUCUGCGCGCCGACCACUGCGCUUUCUCAGUGAGAGGCGGCGGGGGUCUGGGAGACGCAGUGAGCGCUGUUCGCGGAGGACCGCGGCGCCUGCUGGGGAGGAAUGA